AUGACCAUCGAGACACACUUUACACUGAACACCGGCGCCAAGAUCCCAGCUGUUGGUUUUGGCACCUGGCAAGCCAAACCUCUUGAGGUUGAGAACGCGGUGGAAGUUGCACUCAAGCAGGGAUACCGUCACAUCGAUUGCGCCGCCAUCUACCGCAAUGAGACCGAGGUUGGGGCUGGUAUCAAGAAGUCCGGUGUGCCUCGCGAGGAGAUCUUCAUUACUGGCAAGCUGUGGAACACAAAGCACGCCCCUGAGGAUGUCCUGCCGGCUUUGAACAAGACUCUAAAUGAUCUUGAUGUUGAUUACCUUGACUUAUACCUGAUGCACUGGCCUUGUGCAUUUCGAGGCGGCGACAAGUGGUUCCCCCUGGACGAGAACGGUGUUUUCGAACUAGCAGACGUCGACUACAUUACCACCUACAAGGCGAUGGAGAAGCUUCUGGCCACGGGAAAAGUAAAAGCGAUCGGUGUCUCCAACUUCAACAUUCGCCGCCUGGAAGAGCUCUUGAGUAAGGUCGACGUUGUGCCCGCUGCCAACCAGAUCGAAGCCCAUCCAUACCUGCAGCAGCCCGAGCUGGUCAAUUUCUGCAACAGCAAGGGUAUUAUCGUCGAAGCCUACUCUCCUCUCGGCAAUAACCAGACUGGAGAGCCUCGUACUGUGGAUGACGCUGUUGUCGCAGAGGUCGCGAAGGAGGUUAACAUGGACCCUGGACCUCUUCUUGCCAGCUGGGGUGUGCAGCGUGGCACUGUUGUACUGUCGAAGAGUGUGACACCGUCUCGCAUCGCGGCCAACCUCCAGGUGAAAACUCUGCCGGAUGGCGCGUAUGCCAAAUUGACCGGUCUUGAGCGCCACAAGCGCUUCAAUUUCCCUGCGAAUUGGGGCUAUGAUAUUUUUGAGGAGGUGGGACAGGAGGCAGUGCGCAAGGCUGCCAUCGCAGCGGGUCCAGCCAACAAGAUCAAGUUCACCGUUUAG